GCAUGCACAUGCACUACGCACUAGCUCGGCGAAUCCCACAUAACAGCGCCAGAGCCCAAAAGCUCGCCGGGUUCCUAAAGCACCUGCAUCGGUGCUCGACAGAGCAAUGUCCCUGGUGUGCUCGGUCUCCAAGGCCUACGCGCACCACCAGGUCACGGAGCGCGUGGCACGGUCGCGGCGCGCGCUCCGGUGCAGCGCGAGCCAGGUGUGGCGCCGCGCCGCCGCCGCGCGCCUCAGCUCUCUCCUCGUCCACGUCGUCUACUUCGUUGCCAUGUCCUGCGCUGGAUGGGGGCUCCUCGUGGCGCUCAAGGUGCGGGCGCCCAACAGGAGACCCCGCGGCAUCGACAUGUUCUUCACCGCCGUGUCGGCUUCGACGGUGUCCAGCAUGUCCACCGUCGAGAUGGAGGUGUUCUCCAGCGGCCAGCUCCUGGUCCUCACAGCUCUUAUGUUCGGCGGCGGCGAGGUGUUCGUGUCGCUCGUAGGCCUCGCGUCCAAGUGGUCCAAGAUGAGGAAGCAGAUCAAAAACAGGUCCCGGCGCGUCGAGAGCCACGACGGCGAUAUCGAGCUCGAGACCACCGGCGAUGACGCCGACGCCGACUCGAGGUCGAUAACUAGUACGGUCACCGAAGAGAACGACGACAUCCCGUUAGACGCGAAGAUACUGCGGCGCAAUGCGGUGCGCUCUCUGUUCUUCAUCGUCCUGGCCAUCCUCGUGGUGGUGCACACGGUGGGCACCGUCGCCGUCGCGGCGUAUGUCUACGCCGCGCCCGGCGCGAGGCAGACGCUGCGGCGCAAGGCCCUGAACGUGUGGAUCUUCUCGGUGUUCACGACGGUGUCCACGUUCUCCAGUUGCGGGUUCAUGCCGACGAACGAGAACAUGAUGGUGUUCAGCCGGGACGUGCCGCUGCAGCUGCUGCUCGUGCCGCAGGCGCUGGUGGGGAACACGCUGUUCCCUCCGGUGCUGUCCGCGUGCGUGUGGGCGGCGGCCGCGGCCACGCGGCGAGAGGAGGUCGUGGAGAUCGCCAGGAAGGGCAGGGAGGCGAUGGGGUACUACCACCUGUUCCCUGCGCGUCGGUGCUGGAUGCUCGCCGGGACGGUGGUUUGCUUCCUCGCCGUGCAGGUUGCGCUGGUGUGCGCGAUGGAGUGGGGCGGCGCGCUGCGCGGCCUGAGCGCGGGGGAGAAGGUGUCGAACGCGCUGUUCCUCGCCGUGAACUCUCGGCACACCGGCGAGUCCACCCUCGACCUCUCCACACUGGCAGCGGCCAUCCUCGUACUCUUCGUCCUCAUGAUGUAUCUUCCUCCGUAUACGACAUGGUUUCCGUUUGAAGAGGAUUCCAAAAGGGAGCAUUCCACGGAGGACCAGCUCAGGAGCACAAUCCUGUCGCAACUCUCCUACUUGGCCAUCUUCGUCAUCGCCAUCUGCAUCACCGAGAGGAGGAAGCUCAAAGAAGACCCCCUCAACUUCAACGUACUCAGCAUUGUUGUCGAAGUCGUCAGUGCUUAUGGAAACGUCGGCUUCUCGAUGGGAUACAGCUGCAGCAGGCAGAUCAAUCCAGAUGGACUAUGUGCAGACAGAUGGACGGGCUUUGCCGGGAGGUGGAGCGACUCCGGCAAACUCAUACUCAUCGUUGUCAUGUUCUUUGGGAGGCUCAAGAAGUUCAGCCUGAAAGGAGGCAAAGCCUGGAAACUUAACUAGGUGCAGCAAAUGAUACACAUUAAUUGCUGGUGCUUGCGGGUAUAUUGUAGUCUGAUCUUCUCUACUAUCCUAUAAGGGUGCAUUGUGGGCGUCCACAGUUACACCGUGCCCCCGCC